CCAGAGUGCCGUCCAGAUCAUUCAUCGCCGGACAAAACUCCCUUUCCCAGAGAGAAAUUCACUCCGUACUGGUGUUCACUUGCUUGUGAAUUACCAGUUCGUCCAAGAAAUCGUCCACACUUCCGCCGGUCGGUCCUGCUGGAGAGCAGAAGUCACUUGUAGCUUUGUUACCAUGUGGUUUCAGGUCACGUUCGUCUUAGCCGCCGCAAGUUGCGCGGCAUCAGCGGAGAGGAAAACUCCAGUAUGUCUGAACGCGGACAAGGGCUCAAGGAUCUGUUCGUCCGAAGAUAUAGCCAAUGGAGCGACAAUCUCGGAACUUCUGCAGUCAAUCAUGUCGAUCAACGUGGAUCGCGAGGGGCUCAGACAAGUGACGUCAAAGAGAUUCGUCGAACUCGGGCCUGCGGCUGAAGGUCCCUUUAGCCCCAACGAGAAGAUUACGGAGAAUGCUGAGCUCGUUUUUGACUUCCUUUCUGGACCUGAAUCGAUCUCCAAGGUCGGCAACUCAUUCUUCGGAUCGGCUGUAGACGCCGUGUACAAGAUUGAUCUUGAGAAUCAGAAUCACUCAAAAAUUUACAACGCGAACGCCAAUUGUCCUUCGGACGAGCCAUGCAGUCGUCCCUUAGGAAUGCGAAUCAAGGAAAAUCGACUCCUGUUAGCCGAUGCGAAGCGAGGGCUGGUCGAAAUUGACCUAAGUUCAGGUGGAUCAAGGGUCCUCCUUGCCAUAGGAACCCAAAUAAACGGUACCGCACUCACCUUUCCUAAUGAUCUCGACGUCGACUGGGAUAAAGAAAUCGUUUACAUGAGCGAUGGUAGCACGAAAUGGUCCACGGACUACUCGACCUUGGAUAUCCUCGAGGCGGAUCCUAAUUCAAGAGUUAUUCGCUUCGACAUCAAGAGCGCGACGGCGCAAGUUUUUGCUCACAACCUCCGUUUCGCAAACGGCAUCCAAAUCUCACUCGAUAAGAAGUUCCUGCUGGUGUCUGAGUUCUCUGCCAGACAGAUUCUCAAGUAUCCUCUGGACGGCCCCCUGCCAGCUACUGCGGAACCUUUCACGGGACUGUUGCCCGGGAACCCCGACAACAUCCGACCCUCACUCAAUGGGGGAUAUUGGGUAGCUCUAGGGUUCGGUCGUCCGAAUGGGAGCCGUAACCUGAUGGAUGAGCUUCAAGCCCGACCUGAUCUGACCGAUAAACUCGGAAACGCUGUUCUUACCGUCGGCGGUCUUGUACGCAGUAUGGGCACCCUGCUCAAGAACAGCCAGAUCAGAGACUUGGGAUCAAAGGUCCAAACAGGGCACAUAAUCCUGGAAGGCAUCCCUGACUACGCAUUCGUCGUGGAAUUCGAUGUCAAUGGGAACAUCCUUCAAACUCUUCAGUCCACAAAAUAUCAAUACGCCUCCGAAGUGCUCGAGCAUGAGGACGGCUUAUACAUCAGCAGCCCCAGGAACAAGUACGUCUUGAAAGUCCCCAGGUCAGCCUUCAGACAUGCAAGCUAGAGUCCUCCGCAUUGGAGCAUCCCUGUAGCGCCUGUUGAGAACUCUCCCGGGGGGAGGAAGAGGCUACGCAAGCUCUACCGAUCUGUAUCGGGAAUGAUGAUAGAGAAUCGAAUAAGGGCAAAAAUAACUCGUUCCUCGCGAAAUUCUUCAAUAAACCUCGCCAUUU